CAAGCUUGCGCAGCCGUAGUAUACCCUUCACUUUUCACUGAGUUUUUUGGUGUGGCCUGUUCAGUUGUGUCGCAGUAUUUCGUGUUUCUUCGACUGUUUUUGAGGAUAACUUUGAUUUCGGGUGUCUUUUUAUGAGUAAUCAAAAGAUUCAGAAGCCAACGCUUACAGGCCAGCGUUUUAAAACUAGGAAGAGAGAUGAAAAGAAGGUGUUUGACCCUACUCAGUUUCAGGAAACCAUUGUACAAGGUUUGAACCAAACUGGCAGUGAUCUGGACGCUGUUGCGAAAUUUCUUGAUGCCUCUGGUGCCAAGCUUGACUACCGCCGCUAUGCUGAGACGCUCUUUGACAUCCUGGUGGCUGGCGGAAUGCUGGCCCCAGGUGGUACCUUGUCAGAUGACUUGACCCGUACGGAGUUCUGUCUGUUUACAGCACAAGAAGACCUGGAGACUAUGCAAGCAUAUGCUCAGGUUUUCAACAAGCUUAUCAGGCGUUACAAGUACCUGGAGAAAGGGUUUGAAGAGGAGAUCAAGAAGUUGCUGCUAUUCCUGAAGGGAUUCACUGAAUCUGAGCGUAACAAGCUGGCCAUGUUGACUGGCAUCCUGCUGGCCAAUGGCAACAUCUCAGCCUCUAUCCUCAACAGCCUCUACAAUGAGAACCUCGUCAAAGAAGGUGUCUCUGCAGCCUUUGCUGUGAAACUUUUCAAAUCCUGGAUCCAUGAGAAAGAUAUCAACUCUGUGGCAGGAAGUCUCCGCAAGGUCGGCAUGGAUAAUAGACUUUUGGAGCUGUUCCCUGCCAACAAGCGGAGCUGUGAGCAUUUCUCUAAGUACUUUACAGACGCCGGUCUCAAAGAGCUGUCGGACUUUGCCAGGAACCAGCAGGCCAUAGGGUCCCGUAAGGAACUUCAGAAGGAUCUCCAGGAACAAAUGGAGCGUGGGGACCCUUUCAAAGACAUCAUUGCGUCAGCCAGGGAGGAGAUGAAAAAGAACAACAUCUCAGAGCAGACCAUGAUUGGCAUCGUGUGGACCAGUGUUAUGAGCUAUGUGGAGUGGAACAAGAAAGAGGAACUGGUCACAGAACAAGCCAUCAAGCACUUGAAGCAAUACAGCCCCUUGUUGAAGGCUUUCACAUCCCAGGGAGCCUCUGAGAUCCUGCUGCUUGUGAAGAUGCAGGAGUACUGCUACGACAACAUCCACUUCAUGAACUCCUUCCAGAAGAUUGUGGUGCUGCUCUACAAAGCGGAUGUUUUGAGUGAGGAGGCCAUUCUUAAGUGGUACACAGAGGCCCAUGUUGCCAAAGGAAGGAGUGUGUUCCUGGAACAGAUGAAAAAAUUUGUGGAGUGGCUCAAGAACGCAGAGGAAGAAUCUGAGUCCGAGGAGGACGAGGCUGCUGACUAACGGACCUCAAGCCAAAUCCAAGGCGUGUCAUUUUUUUUAUUUUUUAUAACGUACAGUAACACCAGGAGCAGUAGAAUGUUCUGUUACAGAAGUGCUUGUCCCCUCCCCCUUUUCUUUUUUCUACCUCCUCCACUCCAACCAUGAUGUAUAGAUGUAAGGGCUUUUACAUUCUGUUCAUUCUAAAACUAAUAAAGUUUACACUUGUGGAUAGCAUGAAUCAUGAA